AUGACGGAGCAUCUAAGGACGGUUUUUGAUGACAAGGCCAGCCAGAAGCUGCCAGUGUUCGUGGGAUUUAUUACUGCAGGAUAUCCAAGCCCUCAGCUCACGGUGCCAUUGAUGCUGGCAAUGGAAGCCGGCGGGGUGGAUGUUAUCGAGCUGGGAAUCCCAUUCAGCGAACCUUCCGCUGAUGGUCCGGUGAUCCGGGAAUGUCAUGAAGUUGCUUUAUGGUACAAGGUAGACUUCAAGAUGUGUCUGAAGUUCAUCUCUGAAGCCCGGUUGAAGGGGUUGAAAGCCCCCGUGAUUCUAAUGGGCAAAGCUGAAGAAAAAAAAAACAUCAAUGAAGGUUAUUACAAUUCGGUGUUCUCAUAUGGCGAGCAAGCCGCGGUAGUCGAAGCCAAGGAAGCCGGCGCGAAUGGGUUCCUGAUCACCGAUCUACCGUUCGAAGAAGCUUUCCAGUUUCAAGUCUUAUGUGCCAGAUCUGGAUUAAGCUAUGUGCCGUUGAUAGCACCAAACACGUCGGACAGUAGGAUCCGCUUGUUGGCUUCGAAGGCCGAUUCGUUCAUCUACCUGGGGCCCACGGGAGCUAGAAGCCAGGUGGCAAGCUCACUGCCAGAGCUAGUGACGCGGAUCCGGAAGCUGGCGGUGCGGGCCGGCGGGAUCCCGAUCCCGCUGGUUGUCGGCUUCGGGAUCUCGACGGCGGCCCAGUUCGACUAUGUCGGCCGACUGGGGAACGGCGUCGUGGUGGGCUCAAAGCUGAUCGAGGUGGUCAACUCCAAAAGGAUCCCGAUCGACGCACUGACCAAGUUCUGCGAGGAGAUCUGCGGCAGAAGAAAGCCCAUCACAUCAACCACGUCCUCUCUGCCCAAUCCCCCCACGGCUACUGCUCCCGACUCACUCGUCAAUAGCAGGCCCGGAAGGUUCGGCAUCUUCGGUGGCAGGUACCUGCCCGAGGCAUUCAUCGGAAGCUUGCUAGAACUCGAGAGCUGCUAUCGGCAAGCCGUGGCGGACCCGAAAUUCCAAGCCGAGUUGAGAAGCCAUUACUCGUACCUGAACCGACCAUCGGAGUUGUACUUCGCCCAACGGCUCUCAGCGCAUGUCGGCGGGGCGAAGAUCUGGCUCAAGCGCGAAGAUCUCACUCUGACAGGCUCCCACAAAAUCAACAACGUCCUCGGCCAAAUCUUGCUCGCCCGGCGACUCGGUAAAACUCACAUCGUCGCCGAAUGUGCCGCCGGUCAUCAUGGCCUUGCAACCGCUACUCUUUGCAAAAAGUUCGCACUUAAGUGUUCCAUCUUUAUCGGCGAAGAAGAUCUGCGUAGACGCCCCGACUCUGUGCGCAAGAUUGAAAACCUGGGCGCAAAAGUCGUGAUUGUUACCAGUGGAAACAAAAAAUUGAAGGAUGCAAUCAAUGAUGCGAUGAGUGCAUGGGCCUCAGACUUUGACUCGACCCAUUAUCUGAUUGGCUCAGCGAUUGGGCCGCAUCCGUACCCGACAAUAGUGCGAGAUUUCCAGCGGGUGAUAGGAGAGGAGAUCCAAGAGCAGCUGCAAGCAAGGCAGGGAAGGUUACCGGAUGCAGUGGUGGCAUGUGUGGGUGGGGGAAGCAAUGCGAUAGGAGCCUUCCAUCCGUUUAUUGAGCAGCCGAGUGUGAGAUUGGUGGGUGUGGAAGCGGGCGGGACUGGGAUCGAUGAGGAGCAACACUCCGCCUCGUUGACUAAAGGGACCAGAGGGAUCUUCCAUGGCGCGUUGACCUACGUUCUGCAAGACCAAGCCGGCAAGAUCUGCUCCUCCCACUCGAUCUCCGCCGGGCUCGACUAUCCUGCCGUCGGGCCCGAGUUGGCCUGGCUGAAGGAGAACGGUCGGGCGGAGUUUUGCUCGGCCACAGACUUCGAGGCCAUCCAGGGCAUCAAAAUCUGCGCCGAAUUCGAGGACUUCUUGCCCUCGAUAGAAGCCGCUCAUGCUGUCAAUAGAACUAUCCAAGUGGCUAAAGAGCUCGGUAAAGCUGCUGAUGUCGUCCUUUGCUUGUCUGGCAGAGGCGAACCAAACUUCGAAGGCGUUCUCAGCCAAACCUGACUCAACUUUUUGUGAAUAC